GCAAGUCUCACCUGGCUGUAGUGCAAAGAGUAAACAAUGAAGGAGAAGGAGAUCCUUUUUAUGAAGUCCUGGGAAUUGUCACUUUAGAAGAUGUGAUUGAAGAAAUCAUCAAGUCUGAAAUUCUGGAUGAAACAGAUAUAUACACUGAUAACAAGUCGAAAAAGAAAGUAGCUCAUCGGGACAGGAAGCAGGACUUCUCUGCCUUCAAGCAGACAGACAGCGAGAUGAAGGUUAAAAUAUCGCCGCAGCUCCUCCUGGCAACGCACCGGUUCCUGGCAACAGAAGUAGAAGCCUUUGCUCCAACCCAGAUGUCAGAGAAGAUCCUUCUCAGGCUGCUAAAACAUCCCAAUGUCAUCCAGGAGCUGAAGUACGACGAGAAGAACAAGAAAGCCCCAGAACACUACCUCUACCAGCGAAACAAGCCCGUUGACUACUUUGUUCUCAUUUUACAGGGGAAAGUGGAAGUGGAGGCUGGGAAAGAGGGGAUGAAGUUUGAAGCUGGUGCUUUUGACCACUAUGGGGUGAUGGCCCUCACAGCAUCACCAGUUCCCUUGUCCCUGUCUCGUACCUUUGCUGUCAGCAGAGCAGAGUUGUUAGCAGCAGGUUCUCCAGCUGAAAACAAGUCUCCACCUCGGCCCUGCGGCUUGAAUCACUCAGACUCUUUAAACCGAAGUGAUCGCAUCGAGGCAGUGACACCAACGUUAGGGAGCAGCAACAACCAGCUGAAUGCGACAUUCCUCCAAAUGUAUGUUCCGGACUACUCAGUGAAAGCAGCCACAGACAUUCAGUUUGUCAAGAUCACAAGACAGCAAUACCAAAAUGCCCUGAUGGCAUCCCAGAUGGACAAAACACCUCAGUCCCUGGACAGUGAAACCACUAAAAUCGAACUGACUCUUUCGGAGCUGCAUGAUGGUUUGCCAGACGAGACGGCAAACCUGCUGAAUGAACAGAACUGUGUGACUCACAAGCCCAACCACAGUAUGCACAGUGAAGGCGCCAUCUAG